GGAGUUCGUCUUCUCAGAGCUGCUGUCCAACCUGUACUGGCGUGGGAAGAAGCAGACCCUCCUGGAGGAGUCGGAAGAGCAGGCCCACCAAGGAUAUCAUGUUCUCAGAGCUGCUGUCCAACCUGUACUCGCGUGGGAACAAGAAGACACUCCUGGAGGAGUCAGCAGAGCAGCCAGACCAAGGGUUUCAUCUUCUCAGAGCUGCUGUCCAACCUGUACUCGCGUGGGAACAAGAAGACACUCCUGGAGGAGUCGGCAGAGGAGGCAGACCAAGGAGUUCGUCUUCUCAGAGCUGCUGUCCAAACUGUACUCGCGUGGGAACGAGCAGACACUCCUGGAGGAGUCGGCAGAGCAGGCAGACGACGGAGUUCAUCUUCUCAGAGCUUCUGUCCAACCUGCACUCGCGUGGGAACCAGUAGACACUCGUGGAGGAGUCAGCAGAGCAGGCACAGCGGCGCGACGAGAUGCUGCUUCUCAGAACUGCUGGCCAACCUGUACUCGCGUGGGAACGAGAAGACACUCCUGGAGGAGUCGGCAGAGCAGGCAGACCAAGGAGUUCAUCUUCUCAGAGGUGCUGUCCAACCUGCGCUAGCGUGGGAACCAGAAGACACUCACGGAGGAGUCGGCAGAGCAGGCACAGCGGCGCGACGAGGUGCUGCUUUUCAUAGCUGUUGUCCAAACUGUGCUCCCAUGGGAAUGAGCAGACACUCCUGGAGGAGUCGGCAGAGCAGGCAGACCAAGGAGUUCAUUUUCUCAGAGCUGCUGUCCAACCUGUACUCACGUGGGAACGAGCAGACACUCCUGGAGGAGUCGGCAGAGCAGGCAGACCAAGGAGUUCGUCUUCUCAGAGCUGCUGUCCAACCUGCACUCGCGUGGGAACCAGAAGAGACUCGUGGAGGAGUCGGCAGAGCAGGCACAGAGGCGCAAUGAGAUGCUGCUUCUCAGAGCUGCUGUCGAACCUGUACUCGCGUGGGAAUGAGAAGACACUCGUGGAGGAGUCGGCAGAGCAGGCAGACCAAGGAGUU